CUCUCACACUCAGCUGUCCAUCGUGCUUCUGGACCAUGACGCGCCAGGAAAGCCCACACUGCCUCUGGGGCCCCAUAUCGAACACAUCGCGACUGGAGCUGGGGUAACAACAACCGCCUAGCAUUGCUUUGUGGGGGGCGUCUAUCUGAAUCGCUAUUUUCUGUGUCCUUGUCUCUCUCUGUCUGGCUGGUCCGGUGCAGGCAGUCUUCACUCAUUAUCAAGAGGCUGUUGUCAAGACGGCUCGUCCAGGAAGGGGGUGGGUGGUCUGUCGGACUAUAUUAAAGGAGUCAGCCAUCCCCGAGUUCAGCAGAGUUGAACGAGCAACGCGAGCCUCUCUCCUCAUCGACCAUCCUGAAAUUUUCUCUCUCAGCACAUCAUACUAUCAGCAUGGCUUGGGACAGGUUCUACUACUACCUGACCAUCGUGGUCAUUGCCUUUGGCUCCAUCCCAAAAGGCUACGAUGAAGGCGGCUUCGCUGGCGCCAAGGGCAUGCAGUCCUUCAUCUCCGACUUUGGCAUGUCCAAAGACCAAUGGACAGGCACUGCGGCUGCCCUCGCCGACCGCAAGGCCAACAUAUCCUCACUGGGCGUCCUUGGUGCUGCCAUAGGCUCCAUCCUUGCCUUGGGGCUCACAGACCGCGUGGGACGUCUGCGGACCUGGCAGAUCUUCUGCUCGGUGUACAUGACGGGCCUCCUUGUCACUGUCUUCUCCAGCGGUAUCCUUGGGCUGCUGCUGGCCUCGAGAAUCUGGAGUGGCCUGGGGGCCGGUGGUCUGACGGUUGUUGCGCCCUUGUACCUGAGCGAGAUUGCCCCAGCCAGGUCGAGGGGCAUGGUCGUGUCGAUCUACAUGGUUGUGCUCCUGUCGGUGCUGAUGCUUGGCUUCUUCAUUAGCUAUGGCGCCAACAAGUCCAUGGCCUCGACGCCGGCACAAUAUCGCAUCGUCAUUGCGGUACCCCUGAUACCCGUCGGCCUUGCCCUCCUCACCUCAUUCUUCCUACGCGAUACACCUCGCUGGCUGGCGUCCAAGGACCGCCACGAGGAGGCACUCGCCGUGCUCGCCAGGCUGCGCGGCAAGUCAGCCUCGCACCCCGAGGUGGAGAAGGAGUUUGCCGAGAUCGACAGCCAGAUCCAAGAUAGGCAGCAGGCCCUGUCCGGUGUCUCAAUCUGGAACAUUGCGCGUGAGAUUGCCACCGUCCCAACAUACCGGAAACGCUUCCUCCUCGGCGCCAUCAUGCAGACCGUAGCCCAGUGGAGCGGCGGUAACGGUAUCACGUACUAUAUCCCUGAGAUCUUCCGCUACGCAGGCGUCGAUGGCGAAAACCAGUCGCUGGUCACGUCGGGAGCCUACGGCGCCGUCAAGCUGGUCAUGACCAUGAUCUUCACCUGGGGCCUCGUCGACGUGUUCGGCAGGCGUCGCUGUUUCAUGACGGGCCUGUUCUUGCAGUGCAUCACGCACGUCUAUAUGGCCGUUUACAUGGCACUAUGGAAGGACUCGGAGAACAAGGCCGCCUCGGACGCCGCCAUCGCGUCGGUCUUUGUGUAUGCCGCCGGAUGGUCCAUUGGCCUGUGCACGGUGCAGUAUCUCUACGGUACCGAGAUCUAUCCCACGCGGAUCCGGAGUGUCUGCUACGCCACAAACAUGAUGAUCCACUGGUUCUUCCAGUUUGCCGUGGUGCGCACGACGCCAAACAUGUUCCAGAGUCUGGAUAUCUGGGGCGCAUACGUCUUCUGGGCUUGCGUCUGCGCAACAGGUCUCAUCGUGCUCGGCCUCUGGGCGCCCGAGACCAAGGGCAUCCCCAUGGAGCGGAUGGACGAGCUCUUUGAUGGGCCGUGGUACAUGGGAUGGAAGGCUAGGGUCGACUUGACCAAGGAAUCCGAUACGGCGCAUCUCGAGGUUCAGGAAAAGGGGUCCGUCCACAGGGCCGAGUCCAAGGAUACAGCCAGGACCGGUGGAGAAAAGGCGUGACGAGAAGUGCCGCCGCUGAGCAUGCUGUACAGUUCUUGUAGCUGAUUCAACUACCCUUGACUACAGAGG